CAUUACAUAACAUGUGAUAAGACUAUCACAUAAAUAAAAACAAAAGAAAGUGUCCGCUAAAAGCAAUACAGAAAAGACAAAUCGAAGAAAUGUCAAUUUCUGUCAAAACUAUCAAAUCAGUGGCCAAUGUGUUGAAUCACAAUUUAGAGGACAAUAACACACAAUAGUAGUCUUAAUGAAAAUAUCGGAGCUAACAAUGGGUACCUAUAAACACAUCGGACGCAUGCGAUUUGCCCGACUAAUUGGCAAAGAGUUGACCGAACUUUAUAUCAAAAUGGGUAAACCACAGAAAGCUAUAUCUUUUCUGCUCGACUUUGAGAAAGUCUAUGUCCGAGAAAAAUGGCCGCACCUGUUGAACGAAAUACGUGUGCUAUUGUUGAAGUGCUACGAAAUGGUUGGCGACUCACGCCGUGUCUUCAAAGUCUAGUGUCAGUUGGCCGUCAACGAACUGAUUGCCGGCAACCAGCGGCUAAACUAUUGCUAGAAAACGAACGACUGUUGAAGACACUGCAACACCAGCCAAACAAUAAUAUUAAUACCGGUACUAAUAAUAAUAAUCAAUACAAUGAUCUGUCAAUGAUAUCAUCGUCAUCAUCAUCAGCGGUGGGCCGAUAUGUAUAGCAAUGGACGAACUAUUUGAAGUACAAUCGAUGAGAUUGUUGGCUCUCGACGGUCAUUAUACGGUCGUCAAUCGGCAUCUGGAGCUAUCACUCGAGCUCAUCAAUAACUUUCCCAAAGAUAUUCAUUGUGAUAAAGUAGUGAUUACGUUGAUCUAUGAAGACUUGUCGUCUAACAUGACUAUAACGGCAACAAGCAUAGGACAACGAUCACCGGCGGCGGCGGGUGUCCACACAUGAAUGAAAUUAUGCAUACAAUUGUUGCCAACAUUUUCCGAUAAUAAAAAAAAUAAAAUAAUUUGUUUGUUUUAUUUGUAAACUAAUUAAUAAAAACAGUAAUACAAUUAAUGACAAAUAGUGUAGUAAUACAUGACCGCAUACAGCGUUCAAUUAGUGUCUCAACAUUUCGGAGAUAAAAAUC